UUGGGCUGUUUGAACGAACCAUAGCAGAGUACGAGGAGGAACUUUGUCGAACUAAAGAAGAAAACCAGAGACAAAGACAAAUACUGGACUGUGUUUGGAAUCCGAGAGUCCUGAUACACAAAACAGAUGUCCAGCAGCUGUCAGUGGUUAAAGAAGAAGUUGCUCCGGAGCAGCAGGAGUGGAAUCCCAUUGUGGACCAGGAGGAACCAGAACCAAAGCCCCCACACAUUAAGGAGGAACAGGAAGAACUGUGGACCAGCCAGGAAACUGAUAUCACCAAGGUCCCAUCCACUCCUGUCCCUGUGAAGAGUGAAGAUGAUGAGGAGAAAGUUAAGUCCUCACAGCUUCAUCAAAGACAAACUGAGGAGAACAAAGAGGAAGCAAAUAAAGUGGACUGUGGAGGAUUAGAACCAGCCAGCAGCUUCUAUCCACAUAGACAUUUACAAACAAAAGCCAAUGAGCAGAUUGAAGACUGUGAGGAAACUGAGGACAGCGAUGAAGACCAGACCCUGAACCACAAACCUGAGUCAAAGCUUCCGACAAACAGCUCAACUGAACAGAGGGAAACAGAAACUGAUGGAGACGAUGGUGGAGGAUCAGAGCCAGACAUUAUCCUGGUCCACAUGGAGAGUGUAAAGAGAAGAACCUUUGACAGUAAGAGUUUACUGGAGGAACACAUGGACACUCACACAGGACAGAAACUGGUUGGUUCUUCUGAAUGUGAAGCCACAUUUUCACUGAAGAAAAACACAACACAGGAAACCAACUCACCCAGAGACAUGAUGAAGAAUACUGACUGGACACUGAGUGAUGGGGGAUGUGAAAAGAAACUAUACGACUGCUCUGUGUGCUCGAAAACAUUCUGCCGGAAGUCAUCUUUAAAAACCCACAUGAGAAUCCACACUGGAGAGAGGCCAUUUUGUUGUUCAGUUUGUGGAAAGAAAUUCACACAGAAGUCAACUUUAAGCAAUCACAUGACAUCCCACAUGGGAGAAAAACCAUUCAGAUGUUCAUUGUGUCACAAAUGUUUUGGUGCCAGGAAAAACAUAUCGCAACACAUGAGAGUCCACACAGGAGAAAGAUCAUUCAAUUGUUCAGUUUGUGGAAAAAGAUUUACCAGUAAGUCAAACUUAACUGCUCACAUGAAGGUCCACACUGGCGAAAAACCAUUUAGCUGUUCCGAAUGCAGUAAAAGAUUUACUUGGAAGAUAGAUUUGGAGCGUCACAUGAGUCUCCACACUGGUGAGAAACCAUUUAGCUGUUCAGAAUGCAGUAAAAGAUUUACUUGGAAAAUAGAUCUGGAGCGUCACAUGAGACUCCACACCGGUGAGAAACCAUUUAGCUGUUCAGAAUGCGGUAAAAGAUUCACUCAGAAGACGAGUGUGGAGUGUCACAUGAGGCUCCACACCGGUGAGAAACCAUUUAGCUGUUCAGAAUGUGGUCAAACAUUUACUCAGAGGACAGGUUUGAAGUAUCACAUGAGGCUCCACACAGGAGAGACACCUUUCAGCUGUGUAGUUUGUCAGAAAUCCUUCAAACUUAAACAUCAUCUUCAGGCACAUAUGAAGAUCCACACAAGACAAUAGA